CAGCAGGAAACGUACAUCGGUUGAGCCAAAAUGGCGUCUGUGAUCCUUCAGUCUGGAGUGGGUUAGCGUGAAACCUGUCCGAAUAAACCUCAAAUGACACGGUUCAGCUCUUAUUAGACGGAUUAAUUAUUUUUUAUCAUUAAGAAGAGUCCAUCUAAACUAGCGAGGACACGUUUAGAUGCUGUGAGGAGGAGAUGGCUGGACGUGGAGUCGGGUGUUUGUGGAAACGUCAUGUUGUAGAGCAGCUGAAACAGAGAGACAGAGUUCAGCGUCAGGCCUUUGAGGAGAUCAUACACCAGUAUAACCGGUUGUUGGAGAGGUCUGAUCUUCAGGUUGUGUUUUCUGAACGUCUCCAGACCGACAAGUAUGAGCAUCAGAACAGACACGACCUCAGUCCUGGCGUUGACGGUGGCCGCAGUGACUCCCUGCAGCAGGAAAUGGCUCAGAUGAGAAUCAAACAUCAGGAGGAGCUGACGGAGCUGCACAAGAAGCGAGGAGAGUUGGCUCAGAACGUGAUUGAACUAAACAACCAGAUUCAGCAGAAAGACAAAGAGAUCCAGAGUAAUGAAGCCAAGAUGUUGGAGUAUCAGCAGCAGAUCUCGCGUCUGGAAGGGGAGUGUCGUGACCUCCGAAACACUCUGGCUGAUUUGGAACGAGCCAAUCAGACGCUGCGAGACGAGUACGACGCCCUGCAGAUCACGUUCAGCGCUCUGGAGGAGAAACUACGGAAAACCACGGAGGACAAUCAGGAGCUGGUGACGCGCUGGAUGGCGGAGAAAGCCCAGGAGGCCAACAGACUCAACGCUGAGAACGAGAAGGACACCAGGCGCAGACAGGCCAAGCUCCAAAAGGAACUGGCGGACGCAGCGAAGGAACCUCUUCCCAUAGACCAAGAUGAUGACAUCGAAGUUCUCUCAGAGGAUGCUGGGAAGGCAACGGGUGAAACGUCGCCGAGCAGACAGCUCAGUCGCACACCCAGUAAACGAGUGUCCCAGCAGCCUCCUCCUCCUCCUCCUGGACUGCUGGACUCCAUCACUAAUAUCUUCGGCUUGUCUGAUUCUGUCCAACCUGGUUUCGUCCCGUCUGACUCCAGAAGACGUCGCUCGGUGAACUCGUUCAGCUCGUCUCCUGAGGCUGCAGAAGCGCAGGCGGUGUGCGCUGACGUCCGAGUCCCCUCCACUGCGAUACACAUCUUCGACGCCCAUGAUGGGGAAGUGAACGCGGUGAGGUUCAGUCCCGGUUCCCGUCUGCUCGCCACGGGAGGAAUGGAUCGCAGGGUGAAACUCUGGGAGGUCGUAUCCGGCCGAUGUGAACCCAAAGGUGCGCUGACGGGAAGUAAUGCUGGAAUCACCAGUAUAGAGUUUGAUAGUGCGGGAACGCAUUUACUGGCCGCUUCUAACGACUUCGCCAGCAGAAUCUGGACUGUUGAUGACUUCAGACUGCGGCACACACUCACAGGUCACAGCGGGAAGGUUUUAUCUGCUCGGUUUCUCCUCGACAACGCUCGAAUCGUCUCCGGCAGUUACGAUCGAACGCUCAAGCUCUGGGAUUUACGCAGCAAAGUCUGCAUGAAGACGGUGUUUGCCGGCUCUAGCUGUAAUGACAUCGUCUGCACGGAGCAGUGUGUGAUGAGCGGACACUUCGACAAGAAAGUUCGUUUCUGGGACAUCAGAGCGGAGAGUAUCGUGAACGAGUUGGAGUUGCUGGGACGCGUUACGUCUUUGGAUCUGAAUCACGACCGGACCGACCUCCUGACCUGCUCUCGGGACGACCUAGUGAAAAUAAUCGAUCUGCGCUGUAAUGCAGUGCGACAGACCUUCAAUGCUCAAGGAUUCAAGUGCGGCUCUGACUUCACCAGGGUCACAUUCAGUCCUGACGGGAGUUACGUGGCGGCCGGUUCUGCAGACGGCGCUCUGUACAUCUGGAACGUUCUAACAGGAAAACUAGACAAAACUCUUGAUAAGGGUCACAGUUCUGCCAUAAACGCGGUGUCCUGGUCUCCGUCGGGAGCGUACGUGGCCAGCGUGGAGAAAGGCAGCAAGGCCGUGCUUUGGUCUGACAUGUGAUCAGCGAUUGGUUGAAACGGACUGUAAACACACAGAGAGAGAGAGAGAGUGAGCCCACCCUCAUGUCCCACUGGCCUCUUGAACUACCUUUCCCACAAUGCCAUGUUUCUGGGUGUGUUGCCUGCCUGUACGAUCGGGCAGCACCGCACACGUAAUUAUACAUGGAUAUAUUUAUAUCGGCUUUCCUGUACUGUCUCGCACACACACUAGAUGUGGGACGAUGAAGAUUAUGCAAAUGACUCGUUGUCCUACACGACUCUUACUGCUUAUUUUAACACGGCUUUAAAUUAGUGUGUGUGUUUGAGUGCGUUUACUGUUGGGAGAUUAUGCUUUGCCUUAUACAGAUACAGGUCAUUAAGAUGUGUGUGUGUGUGUGUGUGUGUGUUGGAGUGCUGGAAAUCCUGCAGCUCCCCUUUAUAAACUGGAAUAUCGAACAGCAACCCAAUUUUCUUUAGGAUGAAUCUUACAAAGAAAUGCCUCACAUUUUGCUUAAAGAACAUGCAGGAUUUAUGAUUUUGAGAUUUUUUUUUUUUUUUUUACUUUUAAGCACAUUUAACCCCCAUGCACUUAAAAAAAUGCCGUCAUGAACGAGAACUGAGUUCUCCUACUGUAAUGCAGUAAGGAUUAUGACGUCGUCCGCAAAGGGCUUUUAUUUAUUACAAUCUGCAUAAACUGAAGCCAGAACACGUGCUUUUAUUAUGUAAUUAUAUUAUAAUAAAUAUAUAUUAUAAUUGCCAUUUUUCCCACAACAUCACCCACAGAAAUUAUACUUUUUUUAGAUUACACUAAUACAUUUUGGGGCACAAAUGUGUUUGAAUUAAAAAAAAAUGUGCACGUUUAAAGUAAUAAAAAUCUUAAUUUUCUCAAUGCAAAAUGUAGUAAUUUUGACGUGUUUUUUUGUGAUGGCAUCUGAUUAUGUUGAUGCUCUGAUUAUUGGUCAGAUUCAAAAUUCAAGAAGUAUUUCCCACAAUUCCCUCCUAUAACUCAAAAUAUAUAGACUCAUUUAAUUUGACACUACUGAAAAUGAGGCUGUGUCACAUCGCGUAUUAUUUGGUCCAAUCACAGCGCUCGCUAUCAUAAGCCCCUCCCCUCGGGUCCUGGAUGAUGUGUGUGUGUGUGUGGUGAACGUGUGAUGUAGGGCUGUCAAACGAUUAAUUGCGAUUAAUCGCAUCCAAAA